AUGGAGAUGAUAGUAACAAAGCAUCAUAAUGAUAAAUGUGGAAAAUUCAAGGUUAGGUUUGCCUUCCCUUUUGGACACCAUAUCCAUGAACAAAUACUGAGCGAGGAAUUAGAAAUAUUGGACCAUCAAAUUUUAGCUUUGGCCUUUGGCAAAAGAAAACACACACGUGGAAAAGCACACAUAUGUGCUCUUUCAUAUCUUGAAGAGUGA